AUUGAAAACCGGAUCUUAGAUCUGUGAGGGAAUACAGAUUCGUCGCCGAAAUGCCUUAGGCAUCGAAAAUGAACCCGUUGUACCGUUGUUUUAAAUACUGCAGGUUUUGUCUGGAAGAGUGCGGUGCACCUGUAUUUGUAUCCUUUAUCCCUUAUCAGGAAAAGCGAAUAUCUUCCAAAGUUUUGACGUUUCGUUUCGUUUCGCUAACGCGGUCACAAACAACUGGCUGCUGCUGCUGACCCGCUGAACUGUCGUCUUCCGUGUUGUUUUGAGUGACAACGCAACUGGUUGUGUAGAAUGUCCUUCCAAUGUGAUGAGAAGACAUGUCUCGACUAAAGGCUUGAUGUUCAAAAGCAUUGCGUCCAGUCGCUUUUAAAAUACCUCCUAAAGUAAAGAAAUAUUGGAAAAGGAAUAAAAACGACUCCAGAAAACAUGAAUGAGGAAACUAUUUUAAAACUAUCCGUAGUUCUACUCUGUUUCCUUUCUCUGUUGCUGCCGCUUGUGUUGUUUCUGGUUGUCUGGUUGAGAAGAAUACAAAGCCGUGUAGACAGCAUAUCAAACGAGUGGAGCGUUCUUUGCAAAUUAGCACCCAGCGAUGAACCUUUAACACCAGCAACAGAGACUCAACACGAAAUUCCGAACGCUCUCUCCGAUUCUUUGGUAAUUUUCAACCAACAAGCGGAAGGUUCCGACGAAAAUAACACUUGGAAACAUAUCCCCAGAGGUUUUGUUUAUUCACAUGUCUAUGACGAUGGAGAUGGACCCCGUCCGGAUGAGGAACAAUCUGCUUGUCAGUCUCAAGAGGAUGCCAGAGAAGUAGACGAUGAAUCAAAUAGCCAAGAACAAGUAAUUCCGGAUACCUCGACCCCAGUGGCAUCAUACCUGCAAAUAGUGGAUGAAAAUCCUGCAAUUGUGGGAGUCUCUUUAAGUGAACGCCCCGCGACGGAUGCGAAGCAAGACAGAAAAAUUAUCUUUGUAAGUGCUGGCAGUACGGACGACUUAAAUCUCUUUGCAGACCACGAUGACUGUCAGGUAAAUGAGAAUACUGUAAUAGAGAUGGGUACAGAGAAUGGAAACGAUAUUCCGCAAAAUUCAGAGGCUACUGAAACGGGUGAACUGGAAUGUGUGGUUUUGAUUGAGGAUACGAAACAAACAAAUGAAGUUUUAUUAGAACUACCAAACGUAACGAGCCCCCCUGCUGAAGAAGUGCAGAAUGGAACCUCAACUCAAGGAGGGCAGGAGGAAGACGCAGAGAGGAGUGACAAAAAGGUCCUAACUAAAGAGGGUUGCAGAGAUGCCUCAGAAAAUUACUGCAAAGCACCAUCCACGUCUCUAGAAGAUGGUGUCGAGGUAAGCCCUCCAAUGGGCGAAAUUACAGAGAAAAGAGUCACGAGUGAAACUCGGCCUAAGCCGAAACCACGCCUCUCCAAGAAAAAGCACGGUAGAGUGAACUCCGCGGGAAAGGAGAAAACGUUUAAUUCUUCACCUCAUGUAAAGAAUCCCAAUGAAGCUGAAUCCCAUUGCAACAGACCUGACCAGGAGGCAGACCGAUGGAACGUACCUGUGAUUCUUGACGUUUGUGAUUCACAACAACUCGCUCAACAACACAUCGCAUCUUCCCCUAAAACAGCAGUUAAGUCCAAGAAAAACACCAAUGAAAGAAACAAUGUCCAAGUUGUUAAGGACGUGGGUCAUUCUGAGAGCAAGUCCAAGGUAAAUGAUGGGGAAAUUUCAAACUAUGAGUCAGUGGCUAUAGUGGAUUCAGGCAAUGAAGGCAAGAAAAUGCCCCCAUCGGCCAACACCCAAGAAGUGACACGAAACAAUGAGUCAACUGGUGUCAUCUCUCAGCUACGAGGCUUUCUUACGAACAGAGCAAGCGAGACUCAGAACCCUGAAAAAAGGGCUAAAACUGCUGUGAGACACAGCUACCCUGCUAAGAAACAAGGAAAUAUUAAUGAAGACUAUAGAGGAAAAGGAAAGACGGCUAAACGGAUGUCCUUUCCGCAUAAUCCCGAGGAUUUAAACCGACAUGAGCGAGGCGUCGUGAAGCAUGACAGGACUGUGCUUAGUGUUGCUCAAGGAAAAACGGGAGCAGCUUCAAAGAGCAAUCAAAAUUGCAACAAGCCAGGUGUUAGUGAAGGUGACACCUCUGAGUAUGAAAUGGUAGUUACGCCAGUGGACGGUGGAAAAAAGGAACCGGUGACAGAUAAUGGUGACUCGUCAGAUAUAAUUUCCCAACUCCGAAGCAUUCUUCACAAAGGAAACACAGCUAGCGCCGAUAACCCUGAUCUAAGGCAUGAAAAUAAAUCCAGUGUUAAGAAUGAAGAACAUAAGCGCCAUGCGACAGCAGCAGGUCAAAAUAAUGAAAACACACCUGAGCAAGUUUACUCUAACCUCGAUGAAGAAGGCAACGAAAUUUACAGCGAAAUACCCUUAAGUGCAUCGGAAACGAAAGCGGGAACUACCAACAAUGAUCAGGAGGAAGUUCACAAUUUAUCAGAACAAGAACCAUUCUACGUCAACCUUCCGUUCCAACAAGGGUUAAUCAACUAUAACGAUGGCCCUGCCCUGAAACCUGAUGAGCAUGAACCUCCAAUUAACAUUAAUAGCGACAUUAUUGAUAUUUAAAUGGAAGUACGAAAGCAAUUGCUUUCAACGCCCUCUUGGCUAACCUCGUGUAACAGGACAGUCAGUAAAACGAUCCUUUAUCCUCUUCUCAUUGACUUUUCGGUCAGUGGUCGUCGUUAAAAAUAAUUCUAGGGUAAGAAUAUGGAGUUGGCCAUUUAACGUUCGUGUAACUUGGUAGAGUAGGUUACUGAAGAAUCGGGCAUUGUAAUGCAAGUUCUUCUAAACGUGCAGGGCCGUAGCCAGACUUCAGAACAAGACAAGGCAAGUUUCGAGCGCCCAAGGUGCGAGCCGCUGGGGGGAGGGGGGAU